ACAUAAUGCACAGAGAUAACCAAUAUUUUGUAAGUAUUCAGCAGUUACGAUGGGCAUGGCAACUGAUUUGAUAUACUAAUGAAUAUGCAACUGAAGCAAGCACGUUUGCAAACAUUUUGUCACAGAGUCACAGAUACAACAAUGUCGACUUUGCGUGCAAAGAAACGAGUACAUCACUAAUGUUAAAUAACACAAGCCCGCAAAUACUUGUUGUGGAAUUUAUUUUUUACACUGCGUAAAUUGAAUGUGAAAUGUGUGUAUAAACUAUCCAAAUGUUAAUAAACACGUGAGAAAAUGAUAACAUUCGGCGGUGGGAACAAUUCCACGGCGAUAGAAGAUACAGGGGAAGUGAGGAGCAUCUGCGAGAGUAUAUGCAGCGAUGGGUCUAGUGCGACGGUACAGCCCGGGGGCUCCAACCAGCGACCUCGGAUGGAUAUAGCAUGUGUUUUGGAUAUUACCCAAACAUUGAAUCUUGCACAUAGGAAAAGGGCUUUGGAAGAAGUUCGAUUGGCAUCUGAACUGGUGAAUGCUAAUCUACAUCAUAUACCUUUCGAGAAGCUGGACUUUGGUGAAACAAAUGUAUUGGACACAUUCUACAAUGCAGACGUGGCUUUGGUGGACCUCAGCUUGCAAGUACAGCAGAGCUCGUUACUCUAUCACUUGGGAGUACGGGAAAGCUUUGACAUGAAGGAGAAUGUUCUACUGUACAAUGAUGUUGAUGCGGACUCUACGCUCAGGCUUAAGUUUCCACAGUUGUCUCUACCGAAUUUCCUGUUCGUAUCAUACAAACUCACGGAGGCUGGGACUUGUGUGACGACGAACCCUGCAGCCACGAAGUUCAAAGGAGAUGAUUCAGCUGACCCCAAGCAACCGUUGACGUUAAGACUCAAGAAUGUCCUGCAAGAUGUCGAAGUCCAGACUAAAGCUCAUCUCCAAGAGAAAUUCUUAUCUGACCUGCGCAAAGCUCGAGAGACGUACAGCGGUAGUGAACUCGCGAAUAUGUUGCACGCUAUGCGCCGGCGCCUAGACGACCCGGCCGUUCUAUCAGGAGACACGAUACUCAACAUGUUGAUAUCCUACAGAGAAAUCCAGGACUAUGACGCCAUAGUACAUGUCGUAGACGACCUUAAAACUAUUAUGAAUAGGAAGAACUACGUCAAUAUGCCUAUUAUAAGGUUCUUGUACGCGUUUGCUAUGAAUCGGCGGAAUAAAGAGGGUGACCGGGAGAAUGCUCUUCGAGUAUGUGUAAAAGCUUUGGAAAAGAAAGAGAACAGGUUUCCAGACAUGUUGUGUCUAUGUGGACGUAUAUACAAGGACAAAUUCGUUGAAUCUCAGCACACUGACAAAGAAAGUUUAGGGAAUGCAAUACAUUGGUACAGACAGGGUUUCGAAGUGCAGCCAAAUGAGUAUGCAGGCAUCAAUUUGGCCACACUUCUAGUUAUAGCUGGCAAUGACUUUAAAACUUCAGAGGAAUUGCAACACAUAGGUAUGGUACUAAACCAUUUAAUAGGUAAGAAAGGCAGUCUAUCAUCACUAAAAGAAUAUUGGGACGUGGCCACGUUCUUCGAAAUAUCAGUACUGGCACAAGACUACGUGAAAGCGAUACAGGCAGCAGAAUGUAUGUUCAAACUCAAACCACCGAAUUGGUACCUCAAAUCCACUAUUGGAAAUAUUGAAUUAAUUGAUAGGUUUAGGAAAAGUGAAGAAAUAUCACCAGAACAGCAAGUAUUCUCGUUUUGGAUGGAAUACUUCGUAGAGGCAACUAAAAGCGAAUGUGAAAAUAUUAUCAGGUUUCCUGUGUUAAUAUUGGAAACAACAAAAGUAUACAUGCCGUCAUAUGUAAACGUAAACAUGGGCGCGGAACAGAAGUCUGUGGAGAUCCUCAACCUGUGUCUGGACUCUAUGCGCGGUGAAUGUCGACAGGUCCAUCGAUGGCUGUUCACAUCUGACAUGAUUAGGAGUUACAGUUUAUACAAACGCGACGAGCGGUGUUUGUUCCUGUACGUAAGCGAGAAUUCUGACGAUUUCCAAAUCUUCUUACCGUCACAAGCUUGUCGGCAGCGGUUACAUGACCUACUGGGAGAAUUGACUGCCGAUCAUGAAAAGGUCACGGAUUUGGACACCAGUGUCAUGCAGGAUCAGUUGAAGUUCGAAUACGAGCUAGACGACAACAACCGUCGCGUAGUACUAGGUAAGGGAACGUACGGCGUAGUGUACGCGGCGCGAGACCUCAACACGCAAGUCCGUAUCGCCGUCAAGGAGAUACCUGAACGAAACCUCGGAGACGUACAGCCAUUGCACGAGGAGAUUCUACUACAUUCACAGCUUAGACACCGGAAUAUUGUACAGUACUUAGGUUCAAUAUCAGAAGACAAUUACUUCAAAAUAUUCAUGGAGCAAGUGCCUGGAGGUUCACUCUCGGCUCUGCUAAGGUCCAAGUGGGGCCCACUUAAAGAAAACGAAGCCACAAUAGCUUAUUAUACGAAACAAAUUUUGGAAGGCCUAAAAUACCUUCACGACCAGAAAAUAGUACAUCGAGACAUCAAAGGUGAUAAUGUACUAGUAAACACUUAUAGUGGAGUCGUGAAGAUAUCUGACUUCGGUACUUCGAAGCGACUGGCCGGGUUAUGUCCUUCGACGGAAACAUUCGCUGGAACACUACAGUACAUGGCGCCUGAAGUUAUUGAUAAAGGACAGAGAGGCUAUGGAGCGCCGGCCGACAUAUGGUCCUUGGGUUGCACAGUUGUUGAAAUGGCAACAGGAAAUCCUCCCUUCAUCGAAUUAGGAUCUCCUCAGGCAGCUGUAUUCAAGGUCGGAUACUACAAAAUGCAUCCAGAGAUCCCCAACGAGUUAUCGGCGAAAGCCAAGAACUUUAUUCUACGCUGCUUCAUACCAGAGCCAGAGAAACGGGCGACAGCAGCCGAACUAUUAGAGGACCCCUUCCUUUGCGAGAAGAAGAAACCGACAAGUCGUCUUGGUAGUAACAUGGAUUACAGCAGAAGUAUAUCGGUUCCCGCUGACAAGGCUCGUCCGGUUACAGCUCAAAAGAAGAUCUCAGAACCUAGUAUAGCUAGCAAUUUACCAAGCUCUCCAGAAAUCGAGGUGAAAACGAUCCGGUCUAAUCCUAUCACUAGGACUGCCUCGUCGAUGCUCUCACCAAUACUGAUAUACCCACCGGACUUGUCCAAUUGCAGUACAAUGCCCAACACACCAUCGACUGACGAAAUGGACGGAAGCGAUACUUUACUGAAUCGCAGGAGUUCAUCGGGAGGGCUCUUGUCACCUGAGGUGGACAUGCCAAACGUGCCCCGUUGUUCAAUAGACGGACCGGAGCAUGACGGUUUCUACUUACUAAAGAAGGACUCACAGCGGAGACUGACUCUCUCCCGCGUGUUAGAGCAGGACAGCGAGAAAAUAUGCUCAAAAUGGAUGCUCAGUAUACACCAGGACUUUGGAACUACUGUGCUGACUAUGAAUCACUUGGAAAUGUUACGCUGCGCCCUUAAAGAGUAUAUAAUGGAUCAGAACAGAAGUGUCAUAGAGCAGGCUAUAAUAACUUUGAAAGAAGAACUGGAUUUUGACUCGAAUGCCAUUAACGAAUUACAUUCAGCCAUCUAUAUGUUCCAAGAGGCAGUGAAUGCAGUGUUAAGAAUGCAUAGCAUAAAACCUCAUUGGAUGUUUGCUUUGGACAAUUUAGUGAGGAAUGCUGUCCAAGCUGCCAUCACUGUUUUGUCGCCAGAGCUAGGCGCCAACCUGGCCGGGCAGGAGGGUCGGCGCGGCGGGGUGGCGGCGGCGGACACGUCCCCGUCCGCGCUGUCCUCCACCAACUCCGCCCGGGAUACACACGCACUGCACGCCUUGAGACACGAGAACCACAAAUUACUUCAGGAGCUUAUAGAAAGUUACCAACUCAACCAGACCCUUCUCCGGCAAGUUCUAGAAGAGCAAAAAACACAAACAAUGAUAUUCAAAGAAUUCGUUGAAAAGAAAUCUCGUAGUUGUACUCCAGAAGUGUUCGUGAGCCAGAGUGACUCCGCAGUAGACACUGGCGAUGGCAGUGACAGUGUGGACGAGGGCGAAGCCCUAAAGCUGCGUGAGUGGGUCGCGGCCCGAGGCCUGCCCUCAGUAGUCACCAACGCACUGCUCAGCCAUUGCUACGUUUUAACAGAUCUACUGCAACAUGCCCAAAGAGAAGACAUUGCAAAACUUAAUCUCAAAGGUGGAAUCGAGCUGCGAUUAUGGCGGGCAAUCCAAGAACAUAGAUUACACAGCAGUCCAGCACAUUUACGUCGAAGUAGCAGUACGGAGACAGAUGGAGACGCUCCACUACUACUCCUAGACCCUACGAGGACCAGGGCUCGUCGCGCGCCCUCUACCGCCUCAGCCUGUUCAAACAACCCCACCAUCGUUAUCCGCGACCAAGUCAACGGAGACGAUUCCGUCGCCCCCUACUACGGUGACGCGGGUCUCAACCUUUGACUACUGCGCGGAUGGUGCACUCUACAAUAAGGGACUCUUCAACGGCCAGUGUUACACAACCUUCCAGAAUCUUCGGUAGUAAUUUUCAAUUUUUCAAAAUGUGCGCGUAUUAUCCUUACCAGCGACAAAGCCGCUUCUUGAUUGGUAAUAUUAUCAGAAUGACAAUAAAUAUCUCCUAUAAUACGGUUUUGCGACCGUGCUUGAACUUAUAUAUUGUAUGUCCAAGCAAACAGUUACGAGUAUGUUUUGAUUAUAACACUGAUACGAGUGAUAGUCAUUCCUAUUCGUCCAGUAGCCGCCCAAUGGUAACUUGCCUAAAACAUUGUUACUAGCUGUACGCAAUCGUACGUUUCGCGAUGAUAUUAUAAAGGCUUCAUAAAAUUUAGCUUCCAUUUAUAAUGAUUCCUUAGUAAUUUAUUGUCAAUGGUGGUAAUAAUAUCGCUUAAUAUCCGUUGCAUAUUAGAAUGCUCAAUACUAAAAACGUUACUAAACUGGUCGUUAUUGGUUGUAUUGAUAAAGUGAUAAGCAAUUUUGUGACAAUAUCAUACCGUUAAUAUUUGAGUGAUUACUUAUUUAAUUGUGUUCGUUUAUAGUGUAAGAAAUGAGUGAAAGUACGUCACAAAUUUUGGAAUAAAUGGUCAUAACUCGCUGUAACAAAUAACAAGAAGUAGUUGAAUUUUAUAAUAACAUCGUUCAGUUUUGAAUAAAGUAGUACCUAGUUUGUUGAUUCAAUGUUGAAUGACUUAGCUAUUCGUUCGAUUAAUGUUGAAUAACACAUUGCGUAACUAAAAUUGCUGUUGCUUUUAAAACAAUAACACCGCUUGAGGCCGAGAGUGUAUCAUCCGAAUAACUGUCAUGUAAAUAUAGUUUUGUAUUUAUUAUAAUUAAAGGGCAGAAGGAUAUCGUUCAACGUUUUAGCCUGGACGUUAAUUAAUUCAUAAGUUAAAGACGACUGUUCGAUUUGACUUGUUAAGCCAAAAUCGUUCUUAAGGUCAAUUUAAUAAAGUUUAUUAACGAUAUCCUUCGCCCUACAUAUAACUAGUCCCUGUAAAUACUAUAGGAAUGUUUGUAAGCAUAAUAUUAAGUUACGCUGUAAACAAAGCAAUGUUCGUAGUUCACAAAUAUUUUGUAUGGUGCUAACGCGUUGUGAUGGUAAUUAAUGUAGUAAAAAGUGCCUUUUUACGCUUGCGCUCUAACCAACUUAUACGUACAUAUUAUAAAUAUGUCUCUUAAUACACAAAUAACUCGACGAUAAAAAUUUA